UUAUAAGAACACUCGAAUCAGCUUUAGCUAGGUCUUCUUUACUUGAUUUCGAGAUUAAUGCUGCUGCAACAGAUUUGAAUCCAGAUCAUAUUUGAUUAUAAUCAUCUUGUCUCUAUCCAUGCAUGUUUUCACUUUGACUGUCGCUCUACUUGCAUACUCAAUUGAAAUGGCAAACCAAUGACUUCGGAUUCCAAUAUCUACAUUGCAAUUUCUUGGCACUUUCCGCGGUAGGCCAGAACCAACGUGAAAAUCGAAUUCUAUUGUAGCAAAAAACCAACGUUUACUUUUGAUAAACAAUUGCAAAAGACCAUACUUUUGAGAUCACUUUAUUUAUGGUCUUUCUUUACAUAGUCCCAUCACAACCCAUUUCGUGAUUCACUAAUCUCUUUUCCAUUUCUUCUCUUCUCUUCUCUUUCUGUCAAUGAUGAAUCCAAGUGCAAAUGAGAUAGCAUACCAGCUUGGUUCAUUCUUUCGAGCAUACAAAGAUGGACGAGUAGAAAGGUUCUUUGGCACAGAUAGAAUCCCUGCAUCCAUCAAUUCCCCACAUGGCAUUUCAUUUAAAGAUGUUCAAAUUGUGCAAGAAACAGGCGUAUCAGCGCGUGUAUUCAUUCCUACCAACACAAAUUCGGGCCAAAGGCUUCCUCUCCUAGUCUAUUUUCACGGUGGAGGCUUUCUCAUUGGCUCACCAUUUUGUUCCGCGUACCACAAUUGUGUUACAUCUAUUGUUACUAAAGCUAACAUUAUUGCUAUUUCUGUUGACUAUAGGUUGGCUCCUGAGCACCCUAUUCCUAUAGCUUAUGAAGAUUCAUGGGCUGCACUCAAAUGGAUAGCUUCACAUUGUGAUGGUGGAGGUCCUGAAUCUUGGUUAAAUGAUCAUGCAGAUUUUGGCAGAGUUUUUCUGGGUGGUGAUAGUGCUGGUGCCAAUAUUGCACAUAACAUGGGGAUCCAGGCAGGAGUCGAAGGUCUAAAUGGAGUUAAAGUACUGGGAAUUUGUUUGGUUCAUCCAUAUUUUGGAAGGAAAGAAAGUGGGGUGGAUGAGUGUUGGACCUUUGUUAGCCCAAAAACAAGUGGGUUCAAUGAUUUGAGGAUCAACCCAUCUUUGGACUCAAGGUUGGCUAGGUUGGGUUGCAGCAAAGUGCUGAUUUUUGUUGCUGAAAAAGAUAAGUUGAAAGAGAGAGGAGUGUUCUAUUAUGAGACAUUGAGGGAGAGUGAGUGGGAUGGAGAGGUGGAGAUUGUGGAGACUGAAGGAGAAGAGCAUGUCUUUCAUUUGUUCAACCCAAGUUGUGAGAAUGCUUUUGCCCUGUUGAAAAAGUUUGCUUCUUUUAUCAAUCAAAGGUUGAUUAGCUAGGAUGAGAUAUAUUUGGUCAAAUCUAAUGUAAUUGAAUACUUUGUAUUGGCAUAAUGUGGCCAUCCUUAUUUCUGCUCAUAUAUUGAAUCAUGUUUAGUUCUUAUCAAAGAUCAAA